AGUUGAGUCCUAGGUGUUAAGAAAUCAGCUCAUUGGUACUAGUCAUGGCAUCCAGGUUUGCUUUCGUUUUGAUUUUGGGGAUGAUUGCAAGUGGAAAUGCAUCGCCAACAUUUAAUCCCGCUUCGCUAUUCGGAAAUACCAUCGAAGAGAUGAGAUCGAUGUGUAAUAACCAGGAUGUGAUUUCAUGUAUCAAGUACAGGGCGAUGUCUUUUAUGGAAAAUAUGUUCCAAAAAGAUACCUACAGGAUUUCAGAUCACGUCACCAUCAAUAGAAACACUUACAGAUCCAACGAAAUCGAAGCCAGGAGUUCAUCUUUCGAUGAAAAGAUUGAAAACUACAUGAAAUCUCAUGAUGUCACCUUCGAUUUGCCUUUGGUAAACUCCAAAAUUACCCUUGAAGGAAGAAACUUAGACGAAGAUGAAUUAAACCUUAAACUAUCCUUUUCUAACCCAAAUGAAGUUCAAGCCAGAAAAUCCAAACUUAAGAAAAUCUUCGUACCAAUCCUCGUCUUCAUCUUGUUAAAAGCCAUGACUAUUAUCCCCUUAGUUCUUGGUGUUUUAGGAUUGAAAGCAUGGAACGCCCUCCAAUUAUCCUUCUUCUCAUUUGUUGUAUCGGUCGCUAUGGCUGUAUUCCAAUUGUGCAAGAAAUUGGCUUCCGAUCACGUCGCUGCUCCACAAAUUUCAGGACAUGGUGCUUGGGAUGGUUAUGCUGCUAGAUCUAUGAUCGUUGAUAAUGAAGAAAUGAACGGUCAAAAGAUGGCUUAUUCUGCUUAUCAACCUUGA